UCAUUGUUGUACAUUUUGGGCGAAUCGGUCCUAUUCUGAAUUAUGUUAAUUUAUAUACUACGGUAAAAGCCAAUCAAUGAAUUCCUUUUAUCACGUGAUACCGUUGAACCAAUCGAGAAACGGCAUCUUCCUUCUUCGUCAGCAUUCAAGAAUGAAUAGCACGCUUCUUUCUUUAAUUUUAUUUUGGCUAAUUUCUGGUUUUAUCUUAAGUGAUUUGGUUGAAUAUCUAUGGUAAUCUAAUACACAACAUAUUUGUUAACAGUUACACUCUGGUUUACUGCAGUACGGAUGGGAUAUACUUGUAAAUUUCGAUGUUUUCCUGUACACGGCGUUGGACUGUAAACUUCGUUAAAUAAUUCAGAAUGGCUGUUUACGUCCAGAUUUUGGGUCAUUCUUUUGUGACAUUUCCAUUUGAAACUAUCGUUGUCGUCAUUGGUCAAAUAUUCUUGUUAUCCCGGAGCUAACGUCGAAACACUACGGAAUAAUUUGGCGGACAUUGAUAAUUUUUCUACGGACGUUAUGGUUCUCAUGAUUAGAACAAACGAUUUCUCUUGAACAGAGGCGGACCUCAACACUGUUCCUUUAUGAAUUGUGGAUCUUGCGGACAGGUUGAUAUUUCUUAAAUACGUCAAAAGAGUGCUAAUCUGCUAUAUUUGCCAAUGUCAACCUUCUGAAACAGGCCACUACACUUCUCGGUGAAAUCACCGGGUUGAUGACUCAAAUUAUCUGUUAUCAGCACGGAUUCAAGAACAUCCGCAUACUCAGGUUACUUUUUGACGUAUAAAUGGAAUUUGGUCGCAGUGGCCCAGUCCACUGACUUCUCAGCAGACGGUGUACACCUGUCAGAUGGAGGCCAACGGCAGUUAUAUUCCAACAUCCAUGCUGCAAUGGUUAACACAUUAAACAGAGGACUGCAGAUUUAGAUGAACAAGAUACGUAACUUUUUUACUCAUAGCAUUCUAUGCUUUAGAUUUGAAAAGAGUAUAUCAAUAUUGUCCUGCAGUUAAUGUAAGGGGCAUUCUUUAUGAUUAACGUUUGCCCAAAUUUUAUUCUAUGUAUCCUACUGGUUUGAUUGCUAACAAGGUGAAUAAUUAAUGGUCUAUAUAAAACUGUGCAAUAUGUUGCCAUGCUAAAAACGUUACAGAAUGAUAACAUUUCAAGAUUUUUCAUUGUUUUAGUCUUGUUAUGGUGACAUCUGCUGCAUUUAAUCAAACUAUGUACCUUGUAACCUUUCCUGAUGUAAAUUUUCAUUCAGUAAAUAAUUCUCUGAUAUUUUCAUUAUUAUGAAAUUUAUAGUUGUAUCCGAUGAAAGGUUUAUCUAGGCGGUGCAGUCUGACAUUUUAAAUGGUAUAUUAAAUGAUGUAAACAGCUCUGACCUUCAAUUCAAUAUAAAGAUUGUGGUGUAGCAUGAAUGAGUUUUUAAUUAUUUUAUCAACCGCAGCUCGCAAUCAUGCGAUAUCAAGUUACAGUACGAUCUGGUACAUUUCAUAAAUUUGUUACCGGCAUUUGUUUGGAGUCUAAAUAUAUUGUUAUUGUUAUUUAUUUUUUUUUUUUUUUUUUUUUUUUUGCCACUGAAAUCACAAUAAAGGUACCAGUGUGAAUUUUAAUUUUAUAUGAUUGUUUAAAGUAUUUAUUUGCCUUAUCAGUUUCAAACUUGUCAUUUUAACGAUAAAUAAGAUAAAACUGCUAUUUGACAAAUGUUUUUAAGUUCCAGACUAUGUUCUGAUGUUCCAGACGAUGUUCCAGACUAUGUUCUGAUGUAUUAUAACAGUGACAAAAUAAUUAUAAUAAUUUUUUUCUUUAAUAGUAAGUUUUCACAGUUUGUUACAUAGUCAUACGUUACAGACUAAUUUUAGAUUUCCGUACGAGUUACGAUGUUCGAGAUUAUGUCUCUGAUGUUUUCUGGACGGUCUAUUUUCUGAUAUUGUCCAGACUAUAUUCUGAAGUUCAUGAAUAUUUGCUUAUGUUACUGACUAUUUUGUUUUCAGGAUUUUUGUUCUGAUGUUCUAGUUUCAGACUUUGUUCUGUUGCUACAGAUUAUUACGUUCUGAUAUUCCAGACUUUGUUCUGAUGUUCCAGACUAUUUUUGAUGUUCCAGACUAUGUUCUAACGUAUGAUAUGAACAUGAAAUAGUACUAUUCGCAGUGUUUUAAUGUUAUUAUGUGUCACAGACUAUGUUCUGAAGUUCAUGAAUGUUUGCUGAUGUUACAGACUACUUUGUUUUUCAGUCUUAUGUUCUGAUAUUCCAGAUUUAUUAUAUGACGUUCCAGACUUUGUUCUGACUGAUGUUCCAGACUUUGUUCUGAGGUUCCAGACUGAUGUUCUGAUGUUUCAGACUAUAUUCUGAGGUUCCAGACUAUGUUCUGAUGUUUCAGACUAUGUUCUGAUGUUUCAGACUAUUUUCUGAUGUUCUGAGGUUCCAGACUAUGUUCUGAUGUUCCAGACUAUGUUCUGAGGUUCCAGACUAUGUUCUAAUGUUCCAGACUAUGUUCUAAGGUUCCAGACUAUGUUCUGAGGUUCAAGGCUUUUUUCUGAGGUUCCAGACUCUCUUCUGACAUAUGAUAUAUACAUAAAAUAGUAUUAUUAAGUUUCACAGUGUUUUUGAUAUUAUUAUGUUUGUCUUACAGAUAUUUUCCAGACUAUGUUCUGCAGUUCAUAAAUAUUUUCUUAUGUUACAGACUACUUUGUUGUUAUUUUUUUUUCAGACUUAUGUUGUGACUUUCUAGACUUUGUUCUGAUGUUCCAGACUGAUGUUCUGAUGUUCCAGACUAUUUUCUGAGGUUCCGGACUAUGAUUCGAGGUUCCGGACUAUGUUCCGAGGUUCCAGACUAUGUUCUGAGGUUCAAGACUACGUUCUGAGAUUCCGGACUAUGAUCCGAGGUUCCGGACUAUGUUCCGAGGUUUCAGACUUUGUUCUGAGGUUCCAGACUAUGUUCUGAGGUUCCGGACUAUGUUCCGAGGUUCCAGGCUUUUUUCUGAGGUUCCAGACUUUGGUCUGACGUAUGAUAUAUACAUGAAAUAGUAUUAUUAAGUUUCACAGUGUUUUGAUAUAAAUAGUAUUCUGUUUGUCUUGCAGAUGUUUUCCAGACUAUAUUUUGUAGUUCAUAAAUAUUUUCUUAUGUUAAAGACUACUUUGUUGUUAAUAUUUCAGACUUAAGUUAUGAUGUUCUAGACUUUGUUCUGAUGGUCCAGUCUGAUUUUCUGAUGUUCCAGACUAUGUUCUGAGGUUCCAGACAAUGUUCUGAGGUUCCGGACUAUGAUCCAAGGUUCCGGACUAUGUUCCGAAGUUGGUUCCAGACUAUGUUCUGAGGUUCCGGACUAAGAUCCGAGGGUCCGGACUAUGUUCCGAGGUUCCAGACUUUGUUCUGAGGUUCCAGACUAUGUUCUGAGGUUCCAGAUUACGUUCCGAGUUAUCGGACUAUGUUCCGAUGUUCCAGACUGUGUUCUGGGGUUCCAGAAUUUGUUCUGAGGCUCCAGACUAUGUUCUGAGGUUCCAGACUAUGUUCUGGCGUACGUCAUUUUUCUCAGUGUUCUAAUAUUAUUAUGUUCUUCUUACAGAUGGAACGCCAAAAACGCUCUGCUACCACGAGACAGAUACUCAUUUAUAGUACCAGACGGUACACCAGCAUGUUGUGCCUAAAACAAACAAGGAGGUAUCGUCGACAGUUUACGAAAAUACGUCAAUUUCAGACUAUUCAAACAGUGAGGAGGAACAAGACAAUUUAGUUCAUGUCGUAAAUUCACAUGUAAAUCAGCUUGCAGGAAAUAUGCUUGGUAGCCAUACAUACUUCGUCGAACCGAUUUCCACCCCAACGACGCUCUCAAUUUCGCAGUCCCUAAGUAACAAAACAAAUUCAGAACAACAAGUUCAUCGACUUUGCAUUACUGUUACCAAACAUGGCUUUACCCCAUGUAGAAAAACAAAACAACAUGCACACCCUUUCCCUAAUAAUUCUUUUUAAGGAAACAUCUUCCGUAGACCCACCUAGUUCCUUAACAAUAUCUGCUGGUCAUACAACAGGCGAGGUUUAUGCCGAGAGCCACGAUGCCCUCGGCCCCAUACGGGUAAAUGUUUUGUCAAGAUACUUAAGGGGAUCAUCAGGUCACGACUACUUAAUACUAGGUUUCACCAUAUGUUUUCAUCUUGGUUACACUGGUCCUCAUCGCAAUUCUUCAUGCUCCAACCUCUGAUCUUAUUCUGAAUACCCGAAUGUUUUCCAACGAAAACUACUAACAGAUUUAUAAAUGUGCUAAUUUCAUAAAAGGUCCUUCUUCGGAAAGACCUUUUCGUACCCUUCACGAUAGUACACCUUUCAAAACACAUGUAUCUGUGCCCAUUACGGGCCUUACAGAUAUAUUUAAACACAAUCUGAACUUGGAAGGGUCCUUUAUUACGAUUUCCUGCGGCCAUCCAAUUCCUUCAACUUUCAUCCGACGCAUUCUCAAACUCUGUGUAGAAGACUGUCGGCUCGGCCCGAUUACGUUCACAACACACUUAUUCAGUAUUAGAGGGACAACUUUGGCCCAUGGCAUGCAAUUCUCCAAUACACAAAUUUCACGCUUCGGCAGUUGGUCAUCACAGGCUCACACAAACUACAUACGUCAAAACAUCACAAACGAUCCGGUAUAACAGCUAUAUAGUCGAGUGUGAUUUUCAGAGGUCACAUUCUGUCUUGACGGGUAUAUUGAGCAACCAUUUCCAGUCGUAUUUAAAGGCUUACCGCCAAUUUGAGUUUCUUUCUUUAUUGUCUGUCUGGGGUAGCAAAGCGUUACAUAUAUUACAAGUGUUCGUUUUUAGUUUACCAUGGUUGUCACAGUGAAAGAAUUAAGCACGGCUAGAUCUAUAUGAUAAUAUAAAUACGUCGAAUGAACAGUCUCGCUAUGUACCGCGGAAGUUAUACAUGCACUGCUCGAUUGUCUGAGGCGACGAGCUUAUAUUCCUGAAUUGUCAUUUGCUCGACUGAUUAAAACAGCGAGCAAGGAUAUUUCUUAUAACUUGACUGACUGAGGCAGCAAGCUUAAUGCUUUAGUUUGUUUUUGUUGUUGUUUGUAUAUAUUACCCGACUGACUGAAGCAGCGAACUUAGAACAUAUUCAAAGAUCAAUUUUAAACAAGUUUAGAUGUUAUACUGUUUGCAAAGUGUCAAAGUGUCGUUUUAGCUCGACUGUCUGAGGCGGCGAGCUUUAUCGUCUUUUCCCUUUGCUCGACGAGCUCGAGCUUAUGAAACAUAAGGUGUGCAUCGAUUUAUAAACAAAGACAGUCAGUACUGCUCGAUUGUCUGAGGCGACGAGCUUACUGUCUUCAAUUUUUAUUUGCUCGACUGAAGCAGCGAGCCUGAAAUUUUUCUUACUACUUGUCUGACUGAGGCAGCAAGCUUCAUGUUUAAGUCUGUUUUGUUGUUGUUUUUGUAAACUACUCGUCUGACUGAGGCGGCGAGCUUAGAACAUAUUCAAGUGUGUGUUUUAGAUAUUAUAUUGUUUACAAAGUGUCCUUUUAGCUCGAUUGAUUGAGGCGGCGAGCUUUAUCGACUUUUCCCAUUGGUCAACGAGCUCGAGCUUAUGAAACACAAGGUGUGCAUCGAUUUAUAAACACAAACAGUCAGUACUGCUCGAUUGUCUGAGGCGACGAGCUUACUUUCUUUAUUUUUAUUUGCUCGACUGACUGAAGCAGCGAGCUAGAAUUUUUUCUUAUUACUUGACUGACUUAGGCAGCAAGCUGAAUGUUUUAGUUUUUUGUGUUGCUUUAUAUAUUACUCGACUGUCUGAGACAUGAGCUUAAAGCAUAUUCCAAGUGUCAAUUCGACGCAGCAACUUUCAAUGUUAUAUUGUUUGCAAAGUGUCGUUAUAGCUCGAGUGGCUGAGGCUACGAACUUUAUAGUCAUUUAUCAUUGCUUGACGAGCUCGAGCUUAAGAAACAUUAGUGGCGUCUCAUUUUAUAAGCAGAGACAGUCAGUAGCAACGGUUUUCCUUUUAAUACUGAACUUGUUCUUUGUUAAACUUGGCUUGUCUAGUGUUAGUCAUUUGAACGAAAUUGUUCUACCUUUUUGUUUCUAUACGAUUCUUGCUAUUGUUUUGUACAAAAUUUAUAGACACACCAUAGUCAAUUACUAACGUGUUUUAUAUAUUUCUGACCAUCCUAUAACAUUAUUUUUCGGAAUGAAAUAUCUGUCUUAGGCGGCAAUCAUUUGCAAUUCACCUUAUAAUCUUCUUAAACUUGUUAACACACCCACAUCAUACUUGUUACAUGGAUAUUUACCAUGACACUCAAGCAUCUGUCCCUGUGUCUCUGGGCGGCAUCCCAGGUCACUUGUUCCCUGGUCUUUCGUGGCGGUAUUUUUCGCCCAGAUAUGUGAAAAUAUAUAUUUGUUAAGGUAUUGUUCGGCAAAAUAAAUAUUGCCCUUUUUCAGUCAACACUUAGUUCACUCUUAUAUUUUCCCAUACAUAGUCCCCAGGGUCAGUGCUUCGUUGUGAACAGAUGCACAUAAAUGAAUUUUAUAGGUAGAUAAAAUUAUUUAUGUCAUUGUUGUACAUUUUGGGCGAAUCGGUCCUAUUCUGAAUUAUGUUAAUUUAUAUACUACGGUAAAAGCCAAUCAAUGAAUUCGUUUUAUCACGUGAUACCGUUGAACCAAUCGAGAAACGGCAUCUUCCUUCUUCGUCAGCAUUCAAGAAUGAAUAGCACGCUUCUUUCUUUAAUUUUAUUUUGGCUAAUUUCUGGUUUUAUCUUACCACCACUUCCCAUUCCACCUCCUCUUUCAAGUGACAAUUUUAUAAUUUUGAAAGAUUUCUCUUAAUAUGCAAAUUCACCUACAUUUCUUGAUAUGCUUUCGGUGGUUUUAUCCGCCCUAAUAUGUGAAUAUAUAUAUUUGUUAUGGUAUUGGGCUGUAACUUCAUUCAGAUAUGAGAACAUAUCUAUUUGUUAAGGGCGGUAUGUUUCGCCCAGAUAUGUGAAAAUAUAAAUUUGUUAAGGUAUUUUUCGGCGGUAUUUUUCGCCCAGAUAUGUGAAAAUAUAUAUUUGUUAAUGUAUUGUUUAGCAAUGGCGGUAUUUUUCGCCCAGAUAUGUGAAAAUAUAUAUUUAUUAAGUAUUUUGGUACGGGGCGGUAUUUUUCGCCCAGAUAUGUGAAAAUAUAUAUUUGUUAAGGUAUUGUUCGGCAAAAUAAAUAUUGCCCUUUUUCAGUCAACACUUAGUUCACUCUUAUAUUUUCCCAUACAUAGUCCCCAGGGUCAGUGCUUCGUUGUGAACAGAUGCACAUAAAAGUAAUAUAUCAUAUACAGUACAGGUAUAUCAUGCUGUAUAAACUUAAGAGGUACAAUCUAUGGUACAGUCGAAUACACUGCGAAUAUCAAAAUGGUUUCAAUAAUCUUGUAUAAUGGUACAUGGUUGUGAUAAAAAUUAGCACAUGUACAAUGCCAGAAAAACGUGCCAGAUAAAAUAACAAAUUACUUUGUUCUCUGAUAUAGUGUUCGCAUGCUCGACGUAUUUUUCUUAUACUUCUGGAUUUCUUAACAACGUUGAACAGGUUACAUCAGAUUGUACCGAAUCAGUGGUGCUUCUGGUAAAAUCAUGAUUACACCCUUAUAUCAUCUUGAUAUGUUAAUAAUACAGCAAUUAGCAUUAUAACUGUGACCUUCCUCAACAAUUACCUUACAUCCUGUCAAUUAAGAUGAGAGAUGCAGAUACUCCUUUCGUUUCCUUUGCAGUCUAUCCACUAAAUAGUGUAAAGCAGUAUUUUAUCCUGUAUAUAUAUAUGUAUAAGUCUUCAUGUGUUAUUUUAGUUUUUAUCUGCAUUUUGAUAUUUUGAUAUUCAUAUUUAAAUAAUGCAGUCAAGAAAAACCAGUUCAUUUGAUUGUUUUUGCAAUACGUAACAAUGAAUAUAUUGUAUUAAGCACUUUUAAACGUCAAUGAAAAUAAUGUUAAAUAAAUGUGAUUUAAUAUUAAUUUACAACAGUGACCUUUGUUUUUUAUAAGAUAUGUUAUAUAUAAACAGCAAAACAACUAAAUUUACAAAAAGAAUAAAAAUUCGGACAGCUUGAUGUGACAGAUCCACAUAACUUCUUUUGUCUUAUUUAAGGGGUUCACAUCUGCUUUCUAAUUUCAAAAUAUAGACAUGAUAAUUUUAACCAGUCUAAAAUAUUGUAACUAUAAAUUCGAUUAUUAAGUAUGUACUGCACUUUCAAAUCAUUCCUUUAAUCAAUAAUAUUACUUCAGAAUUAUUAAUAUGAGCGGAUGUUUCUAAUUGUUUAAGGAUGUGCAAAUUAAGUUUUGAAAUAUAUUUAACACAAUUAUAAUUUCAUUUAGUAUCUAAUAUGGCUACCUUCAAUAAGUCUUUGUGCUUGCUUCUAGUUAUAUAUAAGAUUACAUGGUCUUUAGGUGCUUAUUAUAUAUCAACAAGCCAGAGGGGAACCUACGAAGACAAGCAGUGCCGGAUGGCAGUUCCUGGGAUUUCGAAAAAAGGUGAAGCACGCCUUGACAUAAAGGACCUGAUGGAUAUGGAUGAAACUCUGUGGAUAGGAUACUUCAAGUCUGAAAUGGCAUUCGAAUAUAUUGGCUGUGUAAAAGAAAGUGAUAUUCCUACAGACCAAAAUCUAUCAAAAGAAAGUAUAAAUGGCAGUCUUCACAAGUGUUACAAAAAAUGUCAAGAUUUAGAGGUUAUUGGUGUAACAAAGGAAAAGUGUUACUGCUUUGAUAGUUCACCACACUCCUGGAACAAAUCCCUACACCAUUCCAGCUGUAAUGCUUUUUGCAAGAAUUCUGACAGCGUUUUUUGCAGAGGAACUUACACCGACGGAUUUUACGUGUCUUUGUAUAGGACCAACCCAACUGUAAUACAACAGAAACCGACUGACAACUCAAAAGACAACAAAAAGUGUCUCGAGUUUAUACCAUCGAAAAGAGAUUUUGAUUGGAAAAGGUGCAGUGAUGAGAAAGUUGUCAUGUAUGAAAAUACGACAAGUGGUGCCUUGCAUGCCGGAUAUCUUCAGAAAGAAAAAAAGGGCGAAUAUUUUCUUCGCUUUACCGAUGGCGUUUCCAAAAAGAGAGUAUUAUGUGAAAAUGAGACUACAGACACAACUACAUCGAGAGACGACCAAUAUAUCCAGACUACGCAGCCAUCACCGGGUACAAAGACGACAGACACAACUAAAUCGAGAGAUGAUCAACAAAUCCAAACUACUCAGCCAUCACCAGAUUCACAAACAACAGGCACAACUAAAUCGAGAGAUGACCAACAAAUCCAGACUACGCAGCCAUCACCGGAUACAAAUACAGGUACUGCUGCCAUCGUUUCUAUGAUUGUGGUGCUGGUCAUAAUAGCUAUUGUGAUAGCUGUUGUACUCUUACACAGAAGGUGCAAGUCUUCACUACGACUAGACAAUAGGCCAAAAACAGAAACAGUGGCCGAAUAUGAAUACAACUAUCCGGAAUUCACAAACAAAAGCACAAAUGCAGAAGCGAACACACCGGGCGAUGUUCUUUACAACUAUCCCGACUUUACGUUACAAGAUGCAAGCAACACAGGAGAAAUUAGAAUCGGAUUAAACACAUAUGAUGACAGUAAUAUAGAUGGUACCUAUAACAAAACAAACACUGGAAAGAAGGGUUACUCUAGUACAUAUGCAAAUGAAGACUGUGAAUGUAAUGAUGAACAAGCAGAGCGUGUUUAUAACCAGCUUGAAAAUGAUGACUACAACGUCCUUGGCACACGACAGAAAAUGGUACCAGAUAAAACUUACGACCAAGCUAUCCAAGUACAAAAAAGUGGAACCAGCGCAUCAGACGAUAUCACGUAUGACUCAAGUAUGUCAUCUGGUGUAAAGCUAAAGAAAAAUGUCGGUGGGGUUACAGAUAAUGUUUAUAAUACAGGAAAUGAGAUCUACAACAGAAUUGGCGAAGAAACAGAAACAAGUGGUGGUAAAAGUGAUAACUUAUAUGGAACUAAGCAAAUGGAAAAAUGUAAAUAUAUGAAACCGGCUUCUGAUACCGAUUCUCAAACUUACAAUAGCACGUCUGAAAUCAGUGAAACAUGUGGUUUAACUGACAACCCAUAUUCAAAACUUGAUACUGAACAUAAAGAUAAAUGACAAGUGAAAAGCAAACUUUGUUGAGCCAUAUUUUUCACAAAUCGUAUUCUUCACUUCACUGGUCCAAUGAUGGAUAAAUAAUACUGAGUCUCAUUUGAGACACGUUUACCCAAAGUAUAUAUUUUGGUCAAAGAUGUCAGGAUAAUUUAUCAAUUUUAAAAGUUUAAUGUCGACCUAUGUAUUCCUAUUUUUUACAUAAUUGUGACAACAAGUUUCAAUUUAACAAUUGUUUGAAUGACGACUUAGUAUUAUUAUCACACAAUUUUGAUAUAAUUACGACUAGAUAAUUCACGCACAAAUGUAUAGCGGUUUGUCUGGUGAAAUUGAUUGGUUUUGGCGGUCUGGUAUCUUAUUUUAAGUGAUGUUUGUUUGAAUCAUCGACGUGUAAAUUUUGCCAAUAUCUGUACAGUGUAUAUAGGCUUAUUUAUCAAUUAUUUAUCUAUUUUCAACAAUACACAAAAUUUGAAUGUUUUGGCAUUAGCAUAAUACCAUUCAGUUACUUCAUUUCAGCAGUAUGAAAAUUAUUCAAAUAAUUAAUUCAUGUCUGCAAUACAUCAAUACAUCAUAAAUACCUAUACAAAAUGUCAGAAGAUUUUCAGUGCAUUUAUAUCAUUUCAAAUCAAAAGUCAUAAUUACUGUAAAUUAUGCUACAAUUAUCAUCGUCUGAGUGUAUGAUUUGAAAAUCAUUGUUAUGUUAAGUGAUUCCCGUAUAUCUGAAAUGCUGUACAAACUUUGCCCCUCACCCCACCCCUCUUCCCAGGCCCGUCUCCUCUUGACAUUACUAAUUUUCAAAACUUAAUACAUAAGAAAACUUUGUUAUCAAAAAAAAUAUAAUCUGUACAGUCGAAUUUCUGGAAUUCCAAACUUUAAUAUAAGGCUUUUUUAUUUUAUAUAUAGCAUCAUUAUCUGUACUGUAAGCGUGCGAACUGAAAGUAUUUUCAUUUGAUUUCCUUGAAGGAGGUGUCUCUUUGAAUAUCACAAAUAAAACUUCCAAAAGUUU